GAGAGAUGAUCAUGCUGAGGGAUAAGUCAACAGAAAUAGAUACAGGCCAAUAGCAUCACAAUGCAAACACUGCCCAGGGACAGGAGAGAAAGAGGGGGAGAAAGACAGAGAAGGAGAUAGAGUGGGCACCAUACAACCACAUACACUCCACAUAAAGACAUUGAGACAAAUGCUAGGAAUCCAGAAACAACGCCAACGAGCCAGGUUUACAAAGACAAGGAUGGCCGCAGCGAUUUCUGCCCGUAUCUAGUGAAGCCCACCUAACCUCUAAAGCCCACCUAAACACAACUCUACAGACCGGAGUCGACACAUUUUCCACCUGCUCAGCGUGUCCAGCUAAACCCACUCCCCUAGACCUGCUGCGUGGGACACAGACUGGGAGAAGGAGGAGAGAGGGGAAGAGGAAGACCAGCGGCAGGUCAGGAAAGAGACUUGAGCGGCGCCUCCGAGGAGCCAUGAGGACGGCCAGGCGGGCCAGCACCGUGGAGGUGCCCUCCUUCCUCCGCCAGCUGGCCAAGGAGACAGAGAAGAUGGUCACCUUCUUCUUUAAGGGGGGACAGAGAGAUGGCCAGGAGGGGAGCGAAGAGGACUCCAGUGAUGAGGAUAACGGGCCAAGUGUCUACCUGGACCGGCCCAUCCUGGAGAAACACACGACCGAGGGAGGGUCUCAGUGGGGGUUGAACUAUGCAACGGCCAGCAUGCAGGGCUGGAGGGCGCAGAUGGAGGACGCCCACGCCUGCAUGCCGGAGAUGGGAGGGGAGCUGGCGGAGUGGGGCUACUAUGCAGUGUUUGAUGGACACGCUGGCAACACGGUGGCACGGUACUGCUCCCGCAAUCUGCUGCAACACAUCCUCGCUACAGGGCGCGUAAAGGCAGAGGAGAAUCCUGAUGACGUGAAGGAGGGGAUCAUCGAGGGCUUCCUGGCCAUUGACAGCCACAUGCACACGCUGACGCGCCAGGAAUGCUGGGAGCGCAGCGGCUCCACGGCGGCCGUCGUCAUGCUCUCCCCGAAGUACGUCUACUUUGUCAACUGCGGCGACUCGCGGACACUCCUCUGCCGUGACGGCCACGUCAUCUUCUACACGGAGGACCACAAGCCCGUCAACCCCAGGGAGAAGGAGCGAAUACAGAACGCAGGCGGCUCGGUGACCCAGCAUAGGGUGAACGGCUCCCUGGCCAUGUCCAGGUCCCUGGGAGACUUUGACUUUAAGGAGGUGGAGUGGAGGUCCCAGACUGAGCAGCUGGUUUCCCCGGAGCCAGAAGUGUAUGAGCUGGAGAGGUCCCCGCAAGACGAGUUUCUCAUAGUGGCUUGUGACGGCGUGUGGGACGCCAUCGGCAACGAGGAUCUGUGUGCAUUCGUCCGCAGCCGCCUGCAGGUGUGCAAUGACCUGAGGGAGAUCUGCAACCAGGUCAUUGACCUCUGCCUCUAUAAGGGUAGUUUGGACAACAUGAGCAUCAUCAUCGUGACCUUCCCUGGCGCUCCCCAGGUUUCACAAGAGGCCCUACAACAAGAGGCCGAGCUAGAGACACUCCUCGAGGCCAAAGUGGAAGAGAUAGUAAAUUUGCUAAGGUCGCAGGACAAGGACCCUGACCUGCUGUAUGUGAUGAAGUUUCUGGUCUCUGAGGACAUACCUGGCCUACCACCUGGGGGAGGAGUCACCAGCAAAAGAGACUGUGUCAUCUCUGCGUAUCAGAAGUUUGUAACGCCCUCCAGAUCUCUGGAACCAAUGGACAUCGGAGGAUCUGAAGAGGCCAACUAGUCGUUUCCAUGUAAAUGUAUUCUUUAGCCUCACGUAUCCAUGGUGACCAAUUCCAACUGGGGACUCUUUUCAGCUUAGGAAUCAGCCAAUGGCUAAAUAAAGAAAUAUGGUGGGAGGGGGUUUGACCUGGGCCUGCCCUUAGCCAAUCAUCUCUUCUCUGUUCAAAAUGUACACUGUCUAUCAACAAGUCUACUGUAUCUUUAGAAAAUAUCAAAUAGUUGGCAUUUUCCAGGAAGGGAAGAAUUACAUAUUCCAAAACUAUUCUUUAAAAUGCAUGACAAUUAGAUAUAAUAUUUUCUAACUUUCUAACAACCCUUUACAGUGCCUGAGUAGAUCUGGUUACUUUUCUUGAAGACUAGAAGCUUGUGAAUAAGGCUGAUCAUGUUAUGUCAUUUAAAAGCUAAUUGAUAUGUUUAAGCGGUGCGCAACUCCAUACUACAGCUGUAAAUCAAGUUGACCAAACACCCCUUCAACCAUCGCCGACCUGCGAAGGCUCCGAUUUUGAUGUGUCCUGUGAUGGCAUGGCCUACACUAAAUAAUCUGCAGAAUCCUGUGAGGGAACAUAGGUGACAUGAAUAGAUGUGUGUGUGUGUGUGUGUGUGUGUGUGUGUGUGUGUGUGUGUGUGUGUGUGUGUGUGUGUGUGUGUGUGUGUGUGUGUGUGUGUGUGAGAGAGAACCAGCAGAGGAUAACAUAGGGUGUGGGAUUAUUGGCACACAUACUGUACCCCAUAAAAUGUAACCUUUUUGCAGUUUAAAGCACAGAUGCUCACAGCUAGACAUGAUUUAGACCAGUGUGAUGCGUAAAGUAGUACAGCUGUAGGUAAAUCGCUUUGCUGUUUGCAUGUUUUCGUUUCAAUACAUGUCAUUGUGCUGCUUUGCAAAGCUCUCUGUAGUUGUACGGUUAAUUGAUUCCUCCUUUGGAUCAUACCAAACGGAUGAACAUAGUAACUGUAUUCCAUGACAGAGGUCAAAAUGAGCUAGACUAUAGAUCAAACACCGCUGCAGCAUGUCUGUUUGAAUUCUAUGAAAUCAGGAGGAAAUAGGAUCCAAGACCAUUCGACAGCACAACAGGUUACUAUGAGAUCUUUCACAAUUGUAUGUCAAUUGGGGCAAUAAAUUUAUGAAAUAGA